AAUUAUUAUGCAACAAUCUCAAGAGCCAUGUAGUGCUUCAAAUGACUUGACUCAACAACAAAUUAAACCAUCUUGGAGGCGGUUUACAAACCCAAACAAUCCGGAUCCUAAAUUUGCAGUUUUUCGAGUAUUUGGAAUUUGUGAAGAGUUUCCUCAGUUUAAUGUCACCACUGUUCAAGACCCACGUAAACCUCCUGACCCGCGCAAAAUUGUUAAACUUUCGACCUGUGAUCUGCCUGUUCCUGAGUUUAUGCUCGAUGACGAAUAUUGCGCUAUCCCCCCUAGACGGGAAGUGGCAUUGGUUGGGCUAAAUGACAAUAUUGACGACAAAUUUCUUUUACAGCUUUGCAAGAAACUAACGCAUUCUUCGACUACAAAUCUCUCAACACCUUCAAACGAUGGAGAAGGAACUACUUCAUUAUCAACGUCCUAUGUUUCAACUGUUGGCAUUACACCUCUUCAAAUUAAAAUUUUGCGUCAUCCAACAACUGGAAGUCAUUUGGGAAUGGCAUUAAUUGACUUUUAUAGUUGCAGAGAUGGAAAGCUUUUCAUUUUACGUCAUCAUGGCCGUCCAAUGAUGGGAAGAGAAGUUCAAUGUUUCUUUGACCCUUUUGUUUAUAAACUUGGAGAACUCUACAAAUUACGUGUUGGUGAAGAAUUGGAACUCCCUGAGCGUUAUAGAUUUAUUUUCAAUGAAAAAACAAUUCAACAUAUUCGUGGACUGUUGGCGCAAAGAUACAAAGAUGAAGAUGGGGAUGUAUUGAAAAAGACUUGGACAAAUUUGGAAAAUGGUGUCUCAUCGAAAGAGAAAACUACAUCAAAUAAAAAAUCUGGCAAUAAUAAUGCUACUUCACCAUUAAAAAAUUCAAAACAACGCGAGCAUCGACGUAGUAUUAAAGAGGAUUUGAAGAAAACACCAAUAGCUUCUACACAAGAUGCUCCUCCUUUGCAAGUUGUACCAAAAAAUGAUGUUUCUGAAGCUUCAUCUGUUGUUGUGGAUGCAAAAGAUGUUGAUGGCCAGAAGCAUUUUGAAGAACGCUUAAACUUUACUCCGAUUACUUUGAGUAACAACGUUUCUCUAAACGUUAUAAAUUCAACUCCAACAACGACAACAGCUGUUACACCGAUUACACCGACAAAAUUUUCUUUUGAUUCUAUAAGAUGUUCACACCAGCAACAACAUUUGUCACCACCUUCUUUAUCAACAACUAGUCUUUCAACAUUUCUUCCACCAAUUGCCUUAGUUACUCCAAAGAAAACUGCAGACAAUAAAAUUGUGAUUUUAGAACAUGAACCUCAUUUACUAGUUGAAAAUAUUUCACAAAAUAAUUCUUCUAUUGAAGAUUGUGAACAAAAGGAACAACAACAACAAGAGAUAUCACCUCCACAACUUUCUUCGCCUACACCUCCUCAACAACGAUCACUUGAAUCUAGAUUAGCAGCACUUCUAACUCGUCGCUCAAAUAAUAAUUUAUCUACUUCAUGUACAAAACUUUGUUCUUCAAGUAAUGAAGAUAUUGAAGCAUCUUGUUUUGCUGCUACAACAACAAUUGAUGGGGAAAAGGAUAAUGAAAAUAAUAAUAAUAAAUCUCCAAAUAAAUCUGUUGAAUCUGCAACAUCUUUUAAGACAAUCAGCGAUCCUUCUUGUUCUUUUGGUAGUGGCGAACAGCUCCAAAAUGAUGAAGAAUUUUGUAAAAAUGGAUUUGAUAAAUGGAAGGAUGUAAAAUCUACUACUUGGAAUCAACGGGAUGAUGAAAGAUGGAGGGAUCAACGCCAAAGGAAUUUUUAUCAACGAGAUAAGGAUAGAAAUUAUCAAGAUCACCGUAGAUCUCAUCCAACAAUAUACAACAAUCAACAACGUCAACGUUAUGGAAAUUAUCAUCAACAAAAUAAUAAUAAUUAUAAUAACAACAAUUAUCAUCACAAUCACCAACAAAAUCGUUUUCAACAACAACGAAACUGUGGUGGAAGAUUUCAUUAUUCAAAUCAAUUUAAUCAAAAUGGCAAUAAUCAUCGUCAAUAUUCUGGUCCUAGAGGUCAACCACCUCCUCCUCAACCUUUAUUUGAUCGAAGACUUAAUGGACGUUUUAUGACUCCACCAAUACGUCCUCCACCAGAGACUAAUUUGGCAUUUGCUUCUUCCCAUGUAUAUGGAACUAAUAAUCAACUGGUAUAUCCUAGACGAAGGACUAUGGAAAGGGACAAAUUUUCUAUAACUUUACAAUAUACAAUAAAUGCGCUGACUUCAAUGCUUUCUCUGGCUGUUAAACAAGACAUUGACCGACGAGUGGAAACUGAAGCAUUAAAAAUACUUGAUAAAAUUUUUGAAGAGCGAUUGGAGGAAGCAAAGAAGAGACAACAACUUGCUGAUGAAAAUGAAAAUUUACAAGAUUCUCAGCAAACUUCCUUGAAUAUUGACCAAGGUGAUGGACAACAACAAAAACGAUUGGCAUUACAAACAAUUAGAAAUGGAGGAAAUUUGUUGGAUCAAUUGUUUAGUUUCAAUAGUGUUGGAAAUGGUGAAAAAGGUUUUAAUGGAUCAACACUUAUUUUCAAUUUGGAUCAAAAAACUGGAUUAUUUGGAAUUUCUCAUUCUGCAAGAAUUACUUCUUUGCCUAAAAUUCGAAGGAAACCUAAGCCUCCAUCUCCCGAACCAAUUUUACAGAAAACAGCAACAACAACAAGUCGCAAAAGAUCAACAACCACACAAUGUCUCGAUGAAAAAGACAAGAAAUUUGGUGGGCCAAAACGUAAACAUUUACGUUUGGAUGAUGAAGAUGAGGAGGAAGAAAAAGUCGUUAAGGCUAGAAGAGCUAGAACUACCAGUAUUUGUUCUGAAUCUGUAAAGUCUUCACGUUCAUCAUCAAAUGCUUCUGCUGCUUCUUCUUCCCGUUCUGCUUCUCCAACAGCAACAUCUUCAACAAGUGGUGAUUCAUCAGAUGAAGAGGAGGAGGACGUUUCUCAACAAACAUCAACAAUUGUAUCUGAAACAGAAGGGGAAGAAAAUGAAGAGAAUAUUUUGGAAAAGAAGAGAACGACAUCUGUGGAUUUAUCAAUAAAAGAAGUUGUAGAUGAGGGUGAUAUUAUUGAUGAUGACAAAUUGCCUGCUUCUGAGAAAAUUGAAUGGUCUGAGAGAUUGAAGACACUAAAACCAUCAACAGCAACUACAAAAACAACGUCUCUCGACUUGGACUUGGAAAUUUUACCGCCACCAUUAUUAUUAGUAGAAAAUCAACCUGAGACUAUGAAGAAUAAAAACAACAACAAAAAUAUUGUUGAAACUGGUGGAUGUGCAAGAUUUAUUGUAUAUGAUAAAAAAAUGAAAUCUAAGGAAGCAGAUAAAAAAAGUAAACCACUUCCAUCUAAAAAUUCCUCAGUUCAACUUGUUUCCAUUCCACUACCUUCUAUCAAACUAAAAGAAGAAGAACAAGAUGUAUCAGAAGAAUCUCCUUUGUCUACAACAGCUAUUAUUAAAAGUCCAACAACAGCAGAUAAAAAAUCAUCAUCUUCACCAACAAAAAAGAAGAAAAAGCAUUUUCAUCCUUGUGGAGAUUAUGCAGAAUGGCCUAGUACAACAGCUGUUAGCCGUUUACAAAAUUCUUUUCCAUUAUCUACUAAAAACUGGUCUAAACGUUCAGCUGAUGAAGAACAAGAAGCAAUCUUUUCUUUUGAAAAGGAAGGUUUAGCUUUAGAAGAAGUUGCUUAUUUAAGAAUGGUUGUUGAAUUGUUGGGAGAUGAUUUUAUCCUUGAAAAUAAAAUUUGUGAAAGUGUCAAAAACAACAUUUUUCGCCAUCAACAUGGUUUCCCACUGCUUAAAUGGGUUGAACCUGAAGAUGCUGUUGAAGUUGACCCUCCUAUGCCCACUUAUUGGCAAAAUUCUUCCAAAUCUUCAAAUAAUCACAACAAUAAAAUUUAUUUUUACAACGAUGUUGAAUUAGAUGGAGUAAUUCCAAAUUUAAGUGGUUGUGCUCGUACUGAAGGAAAUUAUAUACGUAAAAAGGAUAGACAGAAAAUGGAACAAUUAAAAACUGGUGCACCAAGACAUACAUUAAUGCGUAGAGCAACAACAACAGCAUCUAUUCCACAAAUAAACAACGAACCACAUUUAUUAAAAACUACAAUAAGCACUCAAGAUGAAAUAAUUGCAAGACAUGUUAGUCAAGCAUUGAAAAGUGAAAGAGCAAUAAUUCGUUCAAUAGGCAAUUCAUUAUUCUCAACAUCAUUAUUUUCUUCUUCAAAUAAUUCUAAUAAUAAUAAUAUUACUACCAACAAAAAUAAUUCACAGCAACAAGAUAAUACUAACAAAAAUUCAAAUUUGGUUGAUGAAGCUACUACUUCAAGUUCAACAAAUAAUAAUAAUGUUGUAUCAACACCUAAUUUUGCUAGUUCUUUACGUGGAAAUCAAUUAAAGGUUAAACUCAUUUUUUUAAUUUUUUCGUUUUUUGUGCUUUUUGCUUUCUUGUCUUAUGUUUUUUCUUAUUUCUCGAGUCCAGCUUUGAAUAUAUUUUUGGAAAUAUUUUUUUGAGAACACGUUAUUAGAUUAGAAAAUUUAUUAAAUAAAUAAAAGAUAAUUUAAUUUUGAAGCUGGACUUUUUUAAAUUUUUUCUAUCCAGGGUUGCCUCUAUUUUUAGUCUAUGUUUUUGAAAUCGAGUUGAGUGUCGAUGUGGUUAUAAGAAAUUUAAGAGUGUUGGAGUGUUUAAAAAAUCUUAGAAGGUGUCUAUAUUUUGUUGGGCAACCCUGCUUAUUUUU